AUGGGGAAAAUCUUUGAUAAUUUUGACUUCGGAGGACUGGAAGUUGAAGAAAGCUAUGAAGAAAAAAAGAUGAAAGAAAUUGAAGAAGAGCUUCGAAUCCCAAUCUCUGCUGAAGAGACAUUCUUAUACUCUACAUUACUUGCAAAUUUAAGAGUACAAGGAAUAAUUGCUUUAGCUGUUGCUACAUCUGGAAUAACAACAUCAAAUAUUGCAGGUAGUAGAACAGCUAAUUCUCGAUUUAAAAUUCCUUUAGAUAUUGAUGAAAAUAAGAACCCCCAAAUUCCAAGAUUAAUUAUUUGGGAUGAAGCAUCUAUGGCAAAACAGCAAACUAUAGAAUACCUUGAAAGAACAUUAAGAGAUAUAUGUUCGAACGACUUGUUAUGUGGUGGAAAGGUUAUUGUGUUCGGAGGUGAUUUCAGGCAAGUAUUACCGGUUAUACCUAAAAGUACUUUACAAGAAGCCAUCAACGCAAGCUUUGUCAUGUCCCCAUUAUGGACAAUACUUGAGAAGAUUCAUUUAAAGCAAAAUAUGAGGCCACUUCAUGAUCCUGCUUUCCGUGAAUUCCUUCUACGAUUGGGUGAAGGAGUUCCACCUUAUGAAAACAGAAGAUAUAUAUCAAUGCCGAAAUCAUUUAUGAUAUUUUAUCACAAUGAAACUCUCUCUGUUGAUCAACUAAUUGAUGCGAUAUAUCCAGAUAUUAAUACUAUGAACACACGUACAUUAUCUACGGCAACAAAAGUUAUUUUAACACCAACAAAUGAAGACGCUGAAAUUAUUAAUUCAAAUUUAGUUCACAGGCAGCCAGGAGAAGAAUACGAAUACAGAAGUUUUGAUGAAGCGAUAGGUAAUCCGACAGAUGAUUAUCCAAUUGAUUUCCUAAUCAGUCUUCUACCAAAUGGCUUUCCAACCCAUCAUUUAGUUUUGAAAAAAACAGUCCUAUCAUACUUCUGCGUAAUCUAG